AGAUGAGGUGCGGAAGCACCUGGCGAGGCCCCAGGCGCGCAGCUCCUCUUUGCCGCCUGCGGCAGCGUCUCCUCCGCGCCCAGGAGGCGGUGCCCGGCGCUCCGCACCGCCCCUGCCCCGGCCCGGGCCCGGCCGCCGUCCUCAGCAGGAAGGCCCGCAGCCAGCCGGCGGCCGGGUAGGGCCGCCAUGGUCGAUCAGUCGUACUGGCAGCGGCUGCAGCACGACAAGGAUUUCCUUACAAGCAACAGCCGACUGAAUGAGCAAGUGGUGGAUAAAAUUAUUCUGCAGCUUAACAGAGUCUACCCCCAAAUCCUUACCAAUGCAGAAGCUGAGAAGUUCAGGAACCCAAAGGCAUCACUUCAUACCAGACUAUCAGAACUGAUAAAGCACCUUCAAAAGAACGGGGAUAGGCACUGCCAGGAGUUUUACAGGGCUCUGCAGAUCAAUGCUGAAGAGCUGUAUAAUGACCUGCCAAGCAGGAAAAUCUUGAAAACCACAGAUUCUGCAGAGAUAGCCUCUGACAAGGAGAAAUAUAUGCUAAAUGACAGGGGCCCAGUGUUUUUCCUGGCAUGUUUCAGCGUUGCUGCAGGAUUUGCCUUGCUCUGGUACUGCUGUCACUCAGAUACCAAAGUCCCAGGCCGAGCCAGAAGGAUCUUUGGCUUUGCUCCUAUUAUCCUAGGAAGACAUGUUAGAAGCAUUUGUAUGUUGUAUUUGGAAGACAUAGCAAGAAAUUGAGGCAGAGCUGCCUCUUGGCUUGCCUGUGCUGCCACGGGGAGACACCGGGGCGUGAGCAGCAGCGUGCCACACUCGUACCAAAGAUGUUCUUAACUAGCUUCAACAGUAACUAUGCUGCCUUAAGAUGCAUGCAGACCUGCAGCUGUGCCAGCCCUGCCUGAGGGGAGUGGGCCCUUUAUUUUUGUACAUGCUGAUUUGAAAGUAUUUAUCAUUUGGAUAAAAUGUGGUUUUAAUAUGAACUUUAAAAUGGUAUCCUGAUGAUCAUGGGUCUUAAGCCAUGUUUGUCUGGGUGUUUUAUACUGGAAUGAAGGAGCUCAGCUGUCUGAAGAA